CUACGCGUCAGGAAGCCGGAAGCAGGCAGGGGAGCCGAGCCGUGCGGGUGAAAGUGGUUGGCGAGCCACGGCGGGAGCUGGCGCGGGGCUGGGGAAGGGUCUUUCCCGCCUUCGCUGUCGAGGGGGGCUCGGAGCGGAUUAAGUAAGAAUCGCCUAAUCAAGAGCAAACAUGCAGAGCACUCCAAAUUAUCUCUGGCUUGUAUCAGACAUCCUGGGUCAAGGAGCUACUGCAAAUGUUUUCCGUGGACGACACAAGAAAACUGGUGACUUGUAUGCUGUCAAAGUAUUUAAUAACUUCAGCUUCCUUCGUCCUGUUGAUGUUCAGAUGCGAGAAUUUGAAGUAUUAAAGAAAUUGAAUCACAAAAACAUUGUAAAAUUAUUUGCCAUUGAGGAAGAGACAACUUCUAGACAUAAAGUUCUUGUUAUGGAAUUUUGUCCAUGUGGCAGUUUGUACACAGUUUUAGAAGAGCCAUCUAAUGCCUAUGGCUUGCCAGAAUCAGAAUUCUUGAUUGUGUUGAAGGAUGUUGUGGCUGGGAUGAAUCAUCUUCGAGAGAAUGGAAUAGUGCAUCGUGACAUUAAACCAGGCAAUAUAAUGCGUGUUAUAGGUGAAGAUGGUCAGUCUGUUUACAAAUUGACAGAUUUUGGGGCUGCUAGGGAACUGGAAGAUGAUGAACAGUUUGUCUCCCUCUAUGGUACAGAAGAAUACUUGCACCCUGAUAUGUAUGAACGUGCAGUACUGAGGAAAGAGCACCAAAAGAAAUAUGGUGCAACAGUUGAUUUGUGGAGCAUAGGGGUGACUUUUUACCAUGCUGCUACUGGAAGUUUACCCUUUCGGCCUUUUGAAGGACCUCGCAGAAACAAGGAAGUGAUGUAUAAAAUUAUAACUGGAAAGCCUUCUGGUGCAAUAUCUGGAGUACAAAAAGCAGAAAAUGGUCCAAUCGAAUGGAGCCGGGAUAUGCCAGUUUCCUGCAGUCUCUCUAAAGGCCUGCAAGUACUGCUCACACCUGUUCUUGCAAAUAUUCUUGAAGCAGAUCAAGAGAAAUGCUGGGGAUUUGAUCAGUUUUUUGCAGAGACUAGCGAUAUACUCCACCGAAUAAUUAUUCAUGUCUUCUCUCUGCAACAAAUGACUGCGCACAAAAUUUAUAUUCACAACUAUAAUACGGCUGCCAUAUUUCAUGAACUGGUCUACAAGCAGACAAAGAUUGCUUUGCUAAACCAAGAACUGAUAUAUGAAGGCCGGCAUUUAUUACUGGAGCCCAAUCGAUUGGCACAGCAUUUCCCCAGAACUACUGAAGAAAAUCCUAUAAUUGUAGUAAGCAGAGAGCCUGUGAGCAUCGUAGGAUUACUCUAUGAAGAAAUUUUACUUCCUAAGGUCCAUCAACGUUAUGAUUUGGAUAGUGAUGCAAGUAUGGCUAAAAUAGUGACAGGUGUUGUGUGUUACGCUUGUAGAGUUGCCCAUGCUUUGUUACUUUACCAGGAACUCAUGCGAAAGGGAAUUCGAUGGUUAAUUGAAAUAAUGAAGGACGACUGCAAUGAAACAAUGCAUGAAAAGAAUGAGGUUGUCAUCAAGUUAGAAUAUUGCAACAGAAGUUUAGAGAAAGCUGGAAAAAUAUAUCAAGAUAUGAGGCAGAUGAAUCUUGCACCAUCAGAAGGAGAUAAAAUUUCAGACAUACAUUCAAAGCUAUUACGGCUUUCCAGUUCACGGGGAACCAUAGAGUCUAGUCUUCAGGAUAUUAAAAGCAAACUCUCUCCUAGUGGUCAGUUGUCUGAUGGCUGGGCAAAUCAGGAAGGUACACAUCUGAAAGACAGAAAUCCAGAAAGAGUACAAGUACUACUGAGUUCUAUAUCUGAUAUUUAUUACCAAUUCAAAAAAGACAAAACUGAACGAAGACUUCCUUAUAAUGAAGAACAAAUACACAAAUUUGACAAGCAGAAGCUUUUUAUACAUGCCACAAAAGCCAUAACUCUGUUUAAGGAAGAAUGUGUCAGCAAGUAUGAAAUAUUUUUGGACAAGGCAGAAGAUUGGAUGAGAAAGAUGCUCCACUUAAGGAGACAAUUACUGACUGUCAGAAAGCAGUGCUUUGAUAUUGAAGAAGAGGUAUCCAAAUACCAGGUCUUUGUAAAUGAGUUACAAGAAACUUUGCCCCAUAAGAUGAUGGCAGUUUCCAGUGGAAUCAAACAUGCAAUUAAUCCAGUUUAUCCUAGUUCAAACACUUUGGUAGAAAUGACUCUUGGCAUGAAGAAACUGAAAGAAGAAAUGGAGGGUGUUGUUAAAGAAUUAACAGAAAAUAAUCAUCUUUUGGAAAGGUUUGGAGCUUUGACUAUGGAUGGUGGCCCACAGAACGUGGAUUGUAUUUAGUUGUAUAGUUAUUGCAACACCAUUUCUUGACUUUGCACAGUAAAAGAGCCUGUACAUGCACAGAGAGUCUUUGGCUCCCUAUACCUAGUACUUAACAAAAGUCUGUAGAUAUUGUAUAUACUGUAAAUACAGAAAUAUAUCACUUUUGCUAAUGUUUAAAAAUAGUCUUAACAUUUUAAGUAACAUCAGAAUUUCCCCUACAAAACAGUUGUGGCUGCAGAUUUGUGAGCAUCCAGAUACAUGGCAUUUACUUUUAAUGUGUGUGGUUUUUUUCCUUGUGAAUUUUGCUGGGGAGAUUUUGGUCAUGACCUAGUCAGCUGUGUAAAUUUCCUCUUCAGCCAUCUGAAUGUUGGACCAUUCAGGAUAAUCUGGAAUUGUCUUGCUUGCUUUUAUUCACUGUGAACAGAUGAAUCAUUAAAUAUUUUUUAAAAAAAUUCUCCAUCAUUCUCUCCCAGUACCUUAAAAGGCAGUGUUUAACUUUGGCAGUUAAGAAACUAUUUUUUUUAAUAAUGUCUGUACUUGGUGCAUCUAUCCUUCAUCAAAACUGUUAGGUUCCUAUUUGGGACUCCUAAGCAUGAAUCCAGCCUUCUAGUUCGCUAAGUCACAGGUAAAUGAUUGCUUAUCUUGGUGGGUAAAAUAUAAUUUCAUAGCAGUAGAUGUUCUUCCACUGAUGAAGGCUGUCAUCUAAAACAAUCAGGUUUGGUGAGGACAAUUCCCUAGUUCUAUCCUGCCUAGAUAAGU